GUCAUCGACGAGCGACGACGGUCUAAGGGAGGUCACUGGCGUCUCUGUGCCACCCACGAUCGACAGUCGCAGAUUAGGCUUCUUCGCGACCGACUAGACCAGUGCCUUGCCCGCAGAUCUGCCUCCGGCCUCUGCUCCUGGAAAUUUUUCAGGACGCUGCAUCAUGGUCAGCCGCAUUUCCACCAUCUCCCUCACGAUAGAGAAGGACAUUAAGGACCAUGGGACCAAGGAAGGUACCGCGGACUUUGAGAAGGCCAUGGAGAUAUGCGGAAAUGGAAGGUAUCAGUACACUUUUCUACUGGUUUGCGGCGUGAUGUUCAUCUGCGUUGGCUGCCAGUAUGGAGCAAACGCGUAUAUCCUGCCUUCAGCCGAAUGCGACCUGAACAUGAGGUCCGAGGAGAAAGGACUGCUAAACGUCGCCUUUCUCAUAGGUUCGGUGUUUAGCGCUCUUUUCUGGGGAAUCUUCGCGGGUGCCUACGGAAGAAGAAAUAUCCUGCUGCUGAAUCUCUUCACCGACAGUCUCGUUACGCUGAUCGCGAGUUUCUCGCAAAGCUUCAAAUUGCUGCUAGUGUUCAGAGUCAUAAGCGGAUUCUUAAUGGGUGGACCCGGUUCCUUGGUAUACAUGUAUCUCGGAGAGUUCCACGCGGAGAGGUACAGAGCGAAGAGUAUCUGCUACCUCGGCUUUUUCUUCACUCUCGCCUGGUUAAUAUUGCCUGGUUUAGCUUGGAUAAUCAUACCGUUGCCGAUAUCUUUCGAAUUCUACGGAAUCCGCUAUAAUUCCUGGAGACUAUUCCUCGGCGCCAUUAGCCUGCCAAUUUUCGCUAUUGCCAUGGUAACCCUGUCGUAUCCGGAAAGUCCGAAAUUCCUGGUAUCGCAAGGCAAGACCGACGAGGCUCUCGCGGUUCUCCAGACGAUCUAUGCGGCGAACACUGGACGCCAUAAGAGCGAGUUUCCGGUGAAGGAACUUCUCUCUGAUGCCGUGUUCGAAGUAGAAAAGAGCAAGGUACCGUUGUCCUCGUCGGAUAUGCUGACGGAAUUGCUGAAGAAUAUUUGGUGGCAAUUGCGCACCAUUGCAUCGCCACCUCUCUUAAAGUACGCUUCCCUCCUGUGGACGAUUUAUUUCACGAACAUGUUUGGAUACUACGGUUUCAACCUCUGGCAACCGGAAUUGUUCAAUCGCUUCGAGAACUAUCACCAAUCGCAUCCAAAUGUAUCCGUGACGGUCUGUGAGCUGAUACACGACACACAGGCGUUAAAUCGCACUGUUCCAGAGGAACCGUUUCUCCUUUUAGCGAACGGAGUCACUACGGAGUGCAAACCGCAUAUAGACGAGCGGGUGUUUAUCAACUCUCUCACGAUCAAUGCCGUCUGUCUGCUCGGCAAUGUCGCCUCUGGAUAUCUAGCAAAUCGAGUCGGUCGUCGAACGAUGCCAAUUACCACGAUGCUGAUGGCUGGCAUCGCUGGUCUCGGUAUGUACUUCGUGAGGUCCUCGCUGCAAAUCCUCAUAACCGCGUGCGUGUUCUCCCUGAUGGCAGCUACGGCAAAUUUCGUGAUUACCAGCGUUGCGGUCGACGUCUUCCCUACGCACGUGUCCGCCGCCGCGGUGUGCAUGAUGGUGUGCUUGGGAAGGUUCGGCGCGGUGGCGAGUAAUCUGGCCUUCGGCAUGCUGCUAGAUCUCAGCUGCGAGAUUCCGAUAUUCCUAGUAGCCGGUAUCACCAUAUUUGGCGGAUUGUUGUGCUUCCUGAUACCGAGCAAAGAAAAGAAGUGAAUGUCGACGCUCGAAGAAGCGACGGACAAACUUAAAUGAAGAGAACGAUCUCAAGUGUCGAACGAGGUGUUUCAUUGAUUUUGUCACCAGAUGCGCGAUUCGCGCAAAGUCUGGAAUCUAUAUAAGAGCGCGUACUGAUCUGUAAAUAAUAAUUAUAAGCAUCGCUCGACAAAAUUCUCGGUUUCUUCGCGUUGCGCUGUCGCAUAAAAAUCUACGUGCCUUUCGUAAUCGCAUCGCGCGUCGAAAAAGCGUUCAGUGAAAUCGUAAUACUCAGCGAUUUAUUCCCAAUCCACUUUAUUCAAUAGCAAUUGUUUUUUUCGUUUAGUUACUAAGACUUCAAUGACGAACCGUUUCUUAUCAGUCAUUAACUUAAUACCUUAAUACUCAUCAAUGACGAUCUGAUUUCACUGAUCGGUGAUACAUUCCAUAUUCGUUUUCUUACGAUCCGACAUCGAACGCUUAUCGAUUAAGUCAUUUGUAAAUAAUUAUUUCAAUAUUUAUUAAUUCGUAUUGUAUAUGCGUGUGAGGUGUGUAAUGCAUCCGCGGACGCGCGUUUCAACGCGCGCGACGAGGCAGGUGUAACAAGCGAUCUUUCGCGAUAAUGUACAUGUUAGAAAUAAAGUGUAUAAUAAAGGAAGGAGAUAUUUUAAUUGUCGGUCGCAGUGUAUCGCGUACGAAAAGGAGAGCGACAAUCGGCAUCUGGAGAACCUUGCCGUUGCAACGCCGAACGGCGAGGACGGACUGACUCAUAGCAAAUACGCAGCGAACAUCGCGCGGCGAAUGGAAAAUACUUAUCUGCCGGCUUCUAAGCGAGACGGAUUAAGUGUCGUUUCCUAGUAAGCCCCGCAGGAGUUUUAGAAUUUAAUCGCCCGACGUUUACGACGCACCUGUCAUAAAGCGUGCACUAUAAUCGCGACGUUUUCCCGACGGGCGUAUCGUCGUGAAUAAUAGUACCCGCCAUUCAGGAAAUGUAUUAUCAUCGCGUGUUGUGUCGAUAUUAAAUCAUUUUCUCAUCAGG